AUGACGGUGGUGGUGGUCAUGGUAGUGCUGGCGCAAAGACCACCUCCUUUAAGAGCACCAUCCGGCAGAAACCAUCCCGCAGAAGACCGUUUCUCACAAAAGACCACCUCCCACAAAGACCACCUCCCGCAAAGACCACCUCCCGCAAAGACCGCCCCACAAAGACCACUGCAAAGACACCUCCCACAAAGACAACAAAGACCACAAAGACCACCUCCACAAAGACCAAAAGACCACAAAAAUAUUAGUGCAAUCAAUUACUGGAAAGACCACCUCCCGCAAAGACCACCUCCGCAAGACCACCUUCCGCAAACACCACCUUUCCGCAAAGACACUUCCCACAAAGACCACCUCCCGCAAAGACCACCUCCCGCAAAGACCGCCUCCCACAAAGACCAAUUACUGCAAAGACCACCUCCCACAAAGACCACCUCCCGCAAAGACCACCUCCAACAAAAAACACCUCACGCAAAGACCACCUCCAACAAAGACCACAUCCAACAAAUACCAAUUAGUGCAAAGAACCACCUCCACAAAGACCAAAGACCGACCAACCUCCCGCAAAGACCACCUCCAAAAGACCACCUCCCACAAAGAGCAACCCACCUCCACAAAGACCACCUCCCGCAAAGACCACCUCCCGCAAAGACCACCUCCACAAAGGAGCGACCACCUCCACAAACCACUCCCGCAAAGACCACCUCCACCAAAGACCACCUCCACAAAGACCAACCUCCCACAAAGACCACCUCCACAAAGACCACCUCCCGCAAAGACCACCUCCACAAAGACCACUUCCCGCAAAGACCACCUCCAAAGACCACCUCCACAAAGACCACCUCCCGCAAAGACACCUCCACAAAGACCACCUCCCGCAAAGACCACCUCCACAAAGACCACCCCCGCACCACCUCCAACAAAAAAACACCUCCCGCAAAGACCACCUCCAACAAAGACCACAUCCAACAAAGACCAAUUAGUGCAAAGACCACCUCCACAAAGACCACCUCCCGCAAAGACCACCUCCACAAAGACCACCUCCCGCAAGACCACCUCCAGACCACCUCCCGCAAAGACCACCUCCACAAAGACCACCUCCCGCAAAGACCACCUCCACAAAGACUCCCGCCAGACAAAGACGCAAAGACACCUCGACAAAGACCACCUCCGCAAAGACCACCUCCAACAAAGACCACCUCCGCAAAGACACACCUCCACAAAACACAAAGACCACGAAAGACCACACCUCCAAAGACCACCUCGCAAAGACCACUCCACAAAGACCACCUCCCGCAAAGACCACCUCCACAAAGACCACCUCCCGCAAAGACCACCUCCACAAAGACCACCUCCCGCAAAGACCACCUCCACAAAGACCACCCGCAAAAGACCACUCCACAAAGACCACCUCCCGCAAAGACCACCUCCCGCAAAGACCACUCCGCAAAGACACCUCUCCCGCAAAGACCACCUCCACAAAGACCACCUCCUCGCAUCCAAGACCACCUCCCGCAAAGACACCUCCAACAAAAACACCUCCCGCAAAUCCAGACCACAUCCAACAAAGACCAAUUAGUGCAAAGACCACCUCCACAAAGACCACCUCCCGCAAAGACCACCUCCACAAAGAACCACCUCCCGCAAAGACCACCUCCACAAAGAGCACCACCUCCACAAAGACCACCUCCCGCAAAGACCACCUCCACAAAGACCACCUCCCUCCACAAAGACUCCCGCAAAGACCACCUCCACAAAAGACCACCUCCCUCAAAGACCACCUCCAAAAGACCACCUCCCGCAAAGACCCACCUCCCGCAAAGACCACCUCCACAAAGACCACCCCCGCAAAGAACCUCCACAAAGACCACCUCCCGCAAAGACACCUCCACAAAGACCAACCUCCAACCACCUCCAACAAAGACCACCUCAUCGCAAAGACCACCUCCCGCAAAGACAAACUCCAACAAAGACCACCUCAUCGCAAAGACACCUCCCGCAAAGACCACCUCCAACAACGACCACACACAAUCUCCGCGGCGCCCAUUGGCGAUCACCACGCCGCGAACACCCGAUUAA